AUGAAAUUAAUUUAUUUUUUUUGUAUUUUUUUAUUAACUUCUUCUUCCUGGUCAUUUGCUAGAAAGAGUAAUCAAAAGAAUAAUGCACAAUUAUAUCAAGUACAAUUGACUUAUCGCAAUAUUAGUACUAAAAAAUGCUAUGCUUUAGGAAAGAUCAAAACACAACACCUUGAGGCAGUUGAUAAUUUAUCUAAAAGAGGCGAAAUACCUCUAUCUAAAAGAGCUGCAAGCCCUCAAGCUAUAGGUGCCGUUAAUUAUGGAAAUGAUGUAGAAUGGAUAAGUCAAAUAUAUAUGGGCACACCACCACAACCAUUUCUUGUGGUCUUUGAUACUGCAAGUUCUGAUCUUUGGGUUCCUAGCAUCGAUUGCUAUGACUGUAAUAAUAAAAGGUUGUUUGAUUACGGUAAGAGUUCUACCUAUCAAGAAAAUGAUGAUGAUUUCUCCAUCACUUACUCGGACGGUUCAAGUUCUUAUGGUUCGAUGGAAAUGGAUACUCUUAAAGUUGGAUCCAUGACUAUUAAAAAACAACAAUUUGCCAUGAUAUAUGAUAUGAGUUCAUCAUUCCAAACUGAUGUUAUUGACGGUAUUAUGGGGUGUGGAUAUGAUUCACUUUCAGUAUAUCCAGGCACUCUGACUCCUUUAACAAAUAUGUAUAAUCAAGGUCUAAUUCCUCAACGAAUAUUUUCAGUACAAUUGCGUCCUAUACGAAACAAAACUACAUAUGGUGGAAUAUUCAUCUUUGGUGGUACCGAUUCUCGUUUAUAUAAGGGUACUAUAACAUAUGCACCUGUAACUACUAGAAACUUUUGGCAAAUUGCAAUUGAUGCGGUAGUAUAUAAUGGAAAUAAUAUCUUUACAAGUUCGACUAGAAAUAAACAACAAAUUAUAGUUGAUACUGGAACCGCAUUAAUGAUUUUAGGAACAAGUGUAGUGAAAUCACUGCAUACGAGCAUCAAAGGAAAAUAUGUUUCUUCUUCAAACACAUGGCAAGUUCCUUGCAAUUUGAAUAGUAAUACAAAAGUGGCAAUUAAGAUUAACGGUGUUUCACUCGCAAUUAAUUAUCAAGACCUUGUGAGAGAAAAAGUAAGUUCUGGAAGUUCUUGGUGUUAUUCCGGAAUAGGUUCUACUGAUAGCUCAAUCUGGAUUCUUGGUGGUACCUUCAUGAAAAAUUAUUAUGUGAUAUUUGAUCGCGAAAAAAAUCAAGUUGGAUUCGCUACACCUGUUUAUGCUUAUUAA